GCUUUUGGCAUUAAGAGUCCUCUGUCUAUGGGUUUACUUGCUUUCGUGAUGAGGGGGAGGGAUUUACCGCGUACAACGGCCUGUGUGCCGCUCUAAAAUUUCCGUCUGGAAACGACAUCCUUCCAUGUAAUCGCUGGCUGUCAUUCGUCCAAGCAGAGCCAGCCGGUGCGAUCGUGGCAGUGGCGGAGUGGAGCAAGCGACUUCUGUAUGUAAAUUAACAUUUCAAACGCGAUAUUGUUGUCUGAGUAAUUGUAGAAAAUACUCCGCAACUGAUGUCUCCAUCUUUACGAGGAAACUGAUGCUAGCGAGAAAGAAUCGUUGGUUUCGCUAUCGUUUUAUAUCGUGCUGUUUCUUACUACGAGAGUGCCUCACCAUCGCCACCUCUUGACCAUGCUGAGUGUGUGUACAGUGGUCCUAGUGGUUGCUGCUGCAGCCCUCUCCUCUGCAGACUCCGACCAUCACAGACAUGACUCCAACCUGGAGAUCUACAAGCGUCUGUUUGAGACCAAGAGGAAAGACCAGCUAAAUGCUCUGAAGAACCUGGUGGAGCUCAAUGACAUCAACCAGCAGUAUAAGAUCAUAGACAUCAUGCUGAAGGGCUUGUUUAAGGUGUUGGAGGACUCGAAGGCUGUCCUUACUGCAGCCAACAUGCAGGCUGAUGAUCCCUUCCCCAUGGAUGACAAAAUCAAAGAAGCCUACUCCCAUGUGGUGGAGAACACGGCGUUCUUUGGGGACGUGGCGUUGCGUUUCCCACGUAUUGUCCACCACUACUACGACCGUAACCCUGACUGGGGCAUCCUUCUGCGAUGGGGGCUCCGCUUCUGCAACCUCACUGGGGUGUUCACCGGGGGGGCACACCAGCAUGUUCUCUCACUGAUGUCGCAGGAGUUGGGAAUAAUCGAGAAAUCCCCAGACUUCACCAACCCAUACCGCACUGAGAGAGACGACGUGCUUCACACUGCAGAGGCUUUUCAGAAGAUCCUGAGGGAGGAGGAGAAGAGGAGGAGGAAAGAGGACAAGAGGAAAGAGAUUAGGAAGGGGCCCCGCAUCUCCCGCUCCCGUACUGAGCUAUAGUACUUUACCUCAACUCUUGGAGAGAAAUGAAGAGGAGAAGGAAAAUGUAUGGGGAUGUCCUAGAUUCAGUGAUGAAGAGGGAGGAGAGGAAGUGGGGGUUGGGUGUUGGAACCGGUGAGUUCUGUCAAAGGGAUACAGUGGCAGCAGAAAAUUUGAGAGGGAACUAGAAGUGUUUAUGUGGCACAGGAACAAACUGGAGAGAAGGAAAGGAGGUUGAGCUCUAUCUGUGGAAUCAGACUUACUGUAUACAGAACUGCCCAACCUGCAGUUAUUAUGAAACAAAGAACAUACAGCUAGCACUACGUUGAAGAUUUAAUAAGGAAGCUCAUUUUCAUAACUAGAUUACAUAACUGUACUUUGGAAGAAACAGCAAAUACCCAAUAUGUUAUCUUUUUUUGUGAAUAGAUUGAAUACAAUUUACUACCAUACAAUUGUUUUGAUGAUGGCAUUUGUACGUAUGAGUUUACAUUCCCAUUCAACAAGCUUGAAUAUGUUGAAUUCUGUUUUGUGUUUAAGUUUUCCUGUCGCCUUCUCCAGAGUUAGCAGAUUUAUAUAGUUUGAUUUUAUGAGUUUGUUGUUGAAUGGUCCUACUGUAGGUGUAUCCUCUUAAUUUGCGGUACAAGUGUUGAUCUUGAGCGCAGAACCAUUUUUCAUGAUGUCUGCCACUUGCUUUCCUAGAGCCGAAUGCUUUCCUAGAGCCGAAUGCUUUCUUAGCUCUGUGUGUGACUGUCCGCAUGAGUGUUAAAUGGGGUUUGGUCACCUUAUGAUUUAAAUGAAACUAUUUGACAUAUUAUUUUGUCUACAAUUAGGGAGGGAUAAUGUCUUAGAGCUGUGUCUUUUGGCAACCACUCAUCAGCUUCAACUUCUAUAUCAUGUCAUAUUUGUUUCUGUCCAUCUGAUGGCCAUAAUGAAAUGUCAGAACAGCAGUCACCUAGAACAAUGCCUUUAAAAAACAUCUAUAUUUUGGCAUAUCUAGGGAAGAUCUUAUUCCAUAUUCGUCCUGUCUCCUCAAAAUCCAAUCAACCAGAAAUCCCUCUCUGACCACCUCCUAUGGGUUUUGAGAAGGAGAGCGGAUGCGAGGAGUUUGCAAUUGAGAUAUUCCCCUGUUUUGUUGCCUCUUGACAUUUUGAGGGAAAUUGGCUCAUUUUAAUGCAAGUAAGUUAUAUUCAAUAUACAGAGGUGAUGACUGAUUGAUUAUGAUUUGCUAGAGUUUUGUAAAUGGACUGUUAUUUAUGUAUGUUCAGAGCAGUGCAGGCUGGUGGGAGGAGCUAAAUGAGGAUGGGUUAAUUUUAAUGGAUGGAAUGGAGUUCACAGGUUUGUUUUAUUCCAUUCCAGCCAUUACAAUGAGUAUGUCCUCCUAUAGCUCAUCCCACCAGCCUCCUCUGGUUCAGAUUAAGCGUCUCAUUACUGAGAAUUUACUAUCGUGAGUAGAUUUAUCAUUUGUUAAGUUUAAUAAAAAAUAAAUUACUAUGA